AUGGAAUUCUUUCAGAGUUGGCAGAUUAAAAGGAUAACUUUAGCACCUUAUCAUUCUGUGGCUGAUGGACAAGCUGAAUCCACGAACAAGGUUAUUAUUAAUAACUUGAAGAAAAGAUUAGAGGAGUCAAAAGCAAAAACAUGUACGGGAGAGACUCCAUUCUUCCUUGUGUAUGGUGUCAAAGCCUCAAUUCUAGUUGAAAUAGGAGAACCAAGUAUGAGGUACAUCCAAGCAACCGAAGAAUCAAAUGAUGAAGAGAUGCGAGUAAAUCUCGAUUUGCUUGAAGAAAGAAGAGAAACAACUCUAAUAAGGAUGGCAGCGCAGAAGCAAAUUAUUGAGAGAUAUCACGAUCGGAAAGCUCAUCUUAGAGGGUGGUUAAUUUGUGGCACUUUGGUGAUUUGUCCAUACAACACAAGGUCAAAAAACAAGGAAGCCAUAACUAGCAAAGACUUGGAUACAGGAGUUGUCGACCCCUCGAGGGAGAUUGUGGAGUCGGAAUCUGAAUUGAAAGAGGGGUCCAAAGGCUGA